AUGGGUUGUCUUAUCGGAACACUCGGAGCUUCAGCUGCUUGUUGCUGUGGAAGUGCUGCCUGCAGUUUGUGCUGUGCUGCAUGUCCAUCAUGCAAGAACUCCACAGCCUCCAGGAUCGGAUACGCCCUCAUGCUGUUUGUUGGAUCCAUUGUGGCUGUGUUCAUGUUAAUUCCUGGAAUCAGAGACAAACUGCAGGAGAUACCAGCUCUGUGUGAUUAUGUGGGCAAGGAGAGCUGCGACAAAGUUGUGGGGUUUCUGGCAGUGUACAGAGUCUGCUUCGCCAUGGCCAUGUUUUUCCUGCUCUUUUGUGUCCUGAUGAUACAAGUGAAGUCUUCACAAGAUCCACGGGCCAAAAUUCAAAAUGGAUUUUGGUUCUUCAAGAUCCUGAUUGUGGUGCUCAUCUGCGCUGGUGCGUUCUUCAUUCCUCAAGGAUCAUUUGAGCACGCUUGGAUGAUAUUUGGCAUGAUUGGAGGGUUUCUUUUCAUUCUGAUUCAACUGGUGUUGCUUGUAGACUUUGCUCAUGGCUGGGCAGAAUCAUGGGUGGAGAAAUAUGAGGAAACAGAAUCAAAAUGCUACUAUUUUGGUUUAUUUUUCUUCACAAUUUUGCUCUAUGCUGUGAGCCUGGUUGCUGUGGUCCUUUUCUACAUUUACUAUGCUCAUGGAGACUGCUCAUUGCAUAAAUUUUUCGUUUCACUCAACCUGAUUCUGUGUGUGGCCAUGAGUGUCAUAGCCAUUUUACCCAAGGUUCAAGAACACCAACCAAGAUCUGGCCUUCUGCAGUCAUCAGUGAUCUCUGCCUAUGUUAUGUACCUCACCUGGUCCGCAAUGACCAAUAACCCAGACAAGUCCUGCAACCCUAGCCUGAAAGAUAUUGUAAUGCCUCAUCACAACGUAACACAACAGUCUGGCAGUGGUGUGGGGACCUCUGGUGGAGUUUUUGAUUGGCAGGGCAUCAUCGCUUUAGCUGUGUGGCUGUUUGCUGUGCUUUAUUCCAGCAUUCGAACCAGCAGUCACAGCCAGGUUGGAAAACUCACCUUGUCUGCAAAUACUAUCCUGCAGACAGACACUGGAAAGAACACUGGCAGUGAUGAAAAUUUGAUUGGUGGCUCAAAUGGUGAUGCAGAGUCCCAGAAAGCUCAUAAAGUUUGGGAUAAUGAGGAGGAGGGUGUGGCUUACUCCUACAGCUUCUACCAUUUCAUGCUGUGCCUGGCCUCUCUCUAUGUCAUGAUGACACUUACCAAUUGGUUCAGCCCCAGCUCGGAUGUGAAAUCCCUCAAUGCCAACAUGUCCUCUGUGUGGGUGAAGAUUGGCUCCAGCUGGUUCAGUGUUGCCCUCUACAUAUGGACUCUGAUUGCUCCAGCCAUCCUUGUGAACCGAGAGUUCAGUUAG